AUGCCCCCGACCCGCCCCCGGCCCCAGGAGGGGCUGCCCCGGCCCCGGCCCCGGCCGUCCCGCCGCGGUCUCGCCUCCGCCCGGCUCUGGCCGUACUGGCGGUGGCGCUGCUGGGCGGGCAUCAGCGCCUGGGGCAGGGGCGGCAUCGCCGCCCUUUGGCUCCGCCUGGCCCGAGCCCCGGCGCCGGCCCCGACGCAGGCGCGGCCCGCCGGCCCCGAGCCUCCCGUCUCCCGUUCGAAAGAGCGAACGUCGGGCGAUGGCCGGCCCGGGGCGGUUGAGGGGCGCUCGGGGGCCGUUGCUGGCCCCGGGCCGAGCGCUGACAGCCGCGUCCCGCCCGCAGGGAAGGCGCAGGAGGCUCUGCUGCAGCGCUACCGGGUGGGUUCGCUGCUGGGGCGCGGCGGCUUCGGCAGCGUCUUCUCGGCGACGCGGCUCUCGGACGGCGCCCCGGUGGCCAUCAAAAGGGUGCCGCGGAACCGCAUCCGGCACUGGGACGAGCUGCCCGACGGCACCAGCGCACCGCUGGAGAUCGUGCUGCUGGCCAAGGUGUCCAGCGGCUUCCCUGGUGUCGUGCAGCUGCUGGAGUGGCUCGAGCUCCCCAACAACAUCGUGAUGGUGCUGGAGCGGCCAGAGCAAUGUCAGGACCUCCUGCGUUUCAUUCGGGCACGGGGGUUCCUGUGUGAGGAGGUGGCGCGGGAGCUGUUCCGCCAGGUGCUGGAGGCCGUGCGGCACUGCACCAGCUGCGGGGUCCUGCACCGUGACAUCAAGCCAGAGAACAUCCUGGUUGACCUGGCCAGCGGGCAGGCCAAAUUGAUCGACUUUGGCUGUGGCACCUACCUGCAAGACACAGCCUACACUUACUUUGCAGGAACACUGUCCUACAGUCCCCCGGAAUGGACCCGCUUGGGCUGGUACCACGGCGAGGCAGCAACGAUCUGGACGCUGGGCAUCCUGCUGCACCAGAUGGUCUGCGGGAAGCACCCUUUCAGGAGGGGCCGGAACAUCAGCCGGGGCCAGCUCUCGCUGCCACCACGGCUCUCUCAAGCGUGCCAAGAUCUGAUCAGGCGGUGUUUAUCCAUGCACUUCUUGGACAGGCCCUCAUUAGAAGACCUGUUCUGUGAUCCUUGGGUGCAGGGUAUUCCUCCGCCGUAGAAGAAGGGAGAGAGCCA